AUGGAUGCAGGAACUACACGAAUUAUUCCUGCCUGGCAUGAAAACACAAAACGAAAACUAACCCAACCGUGGGAUUGUCAAGAGACAACUAUGUUAAUAUUACCAAGAAUCACUGUUGCUCCCAGAGCGCUCUCAAGAAUCUUUAUCCUGAAUUGCUCUUCCUUUUGGGUUGAUGGAUUUGAAAUCCGUUUUCAAAAUGCGCAUGCGCAAGGAGCGUGCCGCGGGGCGCCUGCGCAGUCCCUUCGCCCUCGGUCCGACCGUUGUGUCAGGAGGGAAAUUAUGGAAGUCACGAAGGCGGUUUGCGUGUUGAAGGGUCCCGGCGGCAUCUCUGGAACAAUUAAUCUGAAAGCAGGGGAAGGUGGCCAUACAACCACUGUAACAGGGGAAAUUUUCGGAUUGACUCCUGGAAAACAUGGACUACAUGUCCACACUUUUGGAGAUAUUUCCAAAGGGUUUGCCUGUACAGGACCUCAUUUCAAUCCCUGUAAUGAGAAGCAUGGUGCACCACAAGAUAAAAGGAGACAUGUAGGUGACCUGGGCAACAUAGAAGCUGAUGAAAAUGGCACAGCCCGCUUUGAACUGGAAGACCGGCUGCUUCGCCUGGCAGGAAAGCAUUCAAUUAUUGGACGUAGUAUGGUGGUUCACGAGAAUGAAGAUGACCUGGGCAAAGGUGGUAAUUCAGAGAGUCUUGAAUCAGGAAACCAAGGAGCAGGUUUAGCUUGGGGUAUAAUUGGGAUAGAUGAAGACCCCAAGUAA